CCUCACUUCUGAUCAGACUCUUACACGUCAGGGUUCCAAUCCACCUUUUCCUGAAAACUAUCACACUUUGCCAAAGAAUACCAGGCAGCCUUCAGGGAGCUCACCACCGCUACUAAACCGCAAUUUGCCAAGUGACUACAAGUAUGCACAAGAUCGUGUUAGCCACUUGAAGAUGUCCCAAGAGGAAAGGAAAGCAAAUAAGGAUGGAACUGUUUGGCAGCUAUAUGAGUGGCAGCAGAGACAGCAAUUUAAACAUGGCAGUCCCACUGCCCCACUUUAUGUAGGUUCUUCAGACUUUAUUGAUCGUGGUAAGUCAAAAAGUUCAUUAGAUGUUCCACGAUCGAUAUCUGUUCCGCCCUCUCCAUCUGAUAUUCCUCCACCUGGACCUCCAAAAAGCUUUCUCCCAAGGAGACCACAUACUCCUGCAGAAAGGCUCACAGUUAAACCAUCUGAUGAGAGACAGACUAUAGACGUUCCUUUUGCUGGGUCACCCAGGAAGAUACGAAAUCAUGCUGUAAAGAGCUCAACUCACAUUGAUCGACGCUCGAUGCCUGCUAUGGGCUACAUGACACAUACCGUGAGCGCGCCCAGUUUGCAUGGCAAGUCGGCGGAUGACACUUACAUCCAGUUGAAAAAGGAUUUGGAGUACUUGGAUCUAAAGAUAGAAAAUAAUGGACCUCUGAUCAACAUGAUAUACAAAGUGCUAAAGAACUCAGCACAAGGGUUACUAUCCAGUGUACAUGUGACGGGGCGUGAGACGUUAAAAGAACGAAGUACAAAACCUGUCAAGAUCGCCGAAAGUGAUAUUGAUGUCAAGCUAAGCAUUUUCUGUGAGCAGGACAGAAUUCUGCAGGACUUGGAGGACAAAAUAAGAGCCCUUAAAGAAAAUAAAGAUCAGCUGGAGUCUGUUUUGGAGGUUUUACACAGGCAGAUGGAACAGUACAAAGACCAACCACAACAUGCAGAAAAAAUUUCUUACCAGCAGAGACUUUUGCAAGAGGAUCUCAUUCAUAUUCGGGCUGAAAUAUCCAAAGUUUCAACGGAAAUGGAAAAUGCCUGGAAUGAAUAUCUGAAAUUAGAAAAGGAUGUGAGCCAGCUGAAAAAAGCCUUACAGGAACAAAUGAAUAGUUCACUGGUAUCUCAGGAGAAAACACAAAUACAAAAAGACUUGUGGAGAAUUGAAGAUGUUACAGCUGGCUUGAGUGCAAAUAAAGCAAACUACAGAACCAUAGUAGACUCUAUCAAGAAUCCAGAGAGAAAAAUAGUGCCUUCAUUUUCUCAGUCGUCAGUGCCUUCCUUACCAGCUUCCCUUGCAACUGCAGAGAACAAACUUUCCGUCCCGCAAAGCCCUCCCCCCAGUCCGGUUAAAUCUUCUCUGGAGGUGAGGCUGUAUCCACAGCCUUAUUUCCAGGCCAGAGCUCAGCACCAAGCACAGCAGCUGAAAAUAAUAGAGCCGCCUCUUCAGUCACCAAUUACGCUAAAGCCAAAGGUUGAAGAUGAAGCACCGCCCAGACCUCCUCUUCCUCAGUCAUACAGUCCUGAUGAUCAGCCACCAGCUGUCCCACCUCUCCCGAGAGAAGCCACUGUCAUCAGACACACAUCAGUGCGGGGCCUCAAACGUCAGUCAGAUGAAAGAAAGAGAGACAGAGAACUCGGACAGUAUGUAAAUGGAGAUUAUAGGGUGGAACUGCGUUCAUACAUGAGUGAACCAGAACUAGCAAUGAUAGGUGGUGACUUCAGUCAACCUUCCAGUGGUUUAGUAAGCUCGGACAGUGGAUACCAGACGCUACCUACCCGUGGUUUAUCUGGAUCAACUUCCAGAUUGCACCAAUCAUCUACCAUUUCAUCAUAUGCAACACUUCGAAGGGAUAGGUCCAAGGAGAGACCAAAGAGUGCCUUGGAACGCUUAUACUCUGGAGACCACCAAAGAGGCAAGAUGAGUGCAGAGGAACAACUAGAAAGAAUGAAGCGACAUCAGAAGGCAUUAGUUCGGGAACGCAAGAGAACUCUUAGCCAAGGAGAAAGGCAGUCUGUUUCAUCUCGGUCUUUCAUCAGGCCCAUUUCUGCAGACAUAGGCUCAUGGAAACGAGAGCAAGAAUUUGAUUUGCAGUUACUUGAGAGGGCAAUUCGUGGAGAAGAGAAGGAUGAAAACGAAUGGUUAAAAGUUCAGCCAGUAGCAGUGACAGAGACAGACUUGGAGCCUCAAGACUAUGAUUUAGAUAUCAGCAGAGAGUUGUCAAAACCUGAGAAGGUUGCAAUUCCAGAGCGCUAUGUUGAACUGGAGCCAGAAGAGCCUCUUUCUACAGAAGAGCUGGCAGCAAGGCAGCGUAAAGCAGAAAAGAUAAAGAAUAUUCUUACUAAAUCAAGUAUGCACAAUCUACAGCCUACUGUUGCCCAGGACAAACACAACUCGGUUGAUUUAGAUUCACAGCUGCAAGAGCAGGAGCGCAUCAUUACCAUAUCAUACGCUUUGGCUUCUGAAGCCUCUCAGAGGAGCAAGGAGGUAGCAGCUCAGCAGUUGACCUAUUCAUCUAAAGCACCCUCACCUUCUGUACCACAGCCACCUCACUCCCCUUUAAGCAAUGGAUUUCACUACACAUUUGUUUAA